AUGUUAUCACGAAGGGCAUUCUCGAGCACAACCGUAUAUUGUCUGUUAAAGCGACCACAAUUCGAUAUAAACGCAACGAUAUCUCGAAUAGAAGAAUAUGAACAUUCAAUAAAGGGAAGACAAUUAAACAAUUCCAUUGAGGUAUUAUCAGCGUUAAAACUACUACCAACUCAGCAUGAUGAAUUCAAAAAACUAACUUCUGAAAUGGCAAAGAUUCAAACUGAAAGGAAGAAAAUAGAAUCACUAAUUAAAACAAAUAAAGCAGACAUAUCCUCGAAUCAAACAAUACUGAAAUCUUUAAAAUCUAAAUUUCAAACCAUGAACGAAUCGAUAACUUCCUUGAAUUCAUCUAUGAAUGAAACAUGCUCAUCAUUGCCGAAUCUUUUGCACGGAUCUUGUCCCUUGACAGAACCUAGAAUUGUCCAAUGGAUUAAUCCCAAGGAAACAUAUGCACCAAACCCACAAUUAUCACAUGUUGAAAUAAUGACAAGAAAGAAAAUGAUAGAUUUGAAGAAGGCAUCGCAAGUUACAGGAACAUCCUGGUAUUAUUUAUUGAACUCUGGUGCAGAAUUAGAAAUGGCAUUAGUUAAAUAUGCAAUUGAUAUUGCGAAGAAACGUGGAUUCAGUUUAGUUAUACCGCCUAGUGUUACUAGGUUGGAUAUCAUCAAUUCUUGUGGGUUUAGACCAAGGGAUAUGAAUAAUGAGAAUCAAAUAUAUAAAAUAGGUGAUGACAUUGGAUCUAAUGACAGGAAAGGAUUAAUUGCCACUGCUGGAAUCUCCCUAGCAGGUUUAGGUUAUGAUGAAGUUAUAAAUUUAGAUGAAACACAAGGUAUUAAAAAGUCGUACGGAGUGAGUCGAAGUUAUAGAGCAGAAGCAGGUGCAAGAGGGAAAGAUACAAAGGGAUUGUAUAGAGUUCAUGAAUUCACUAAAGUGGAACUAUUCUGUUGGUGUAAACCAGAGUUAAGCGAACAACUAUUGAAAUCAUUAAAAAACUUACAAAUUGAGAUUAUCACAGAAUUGGGAUUGUCCGCAAAAGUUCUAAAUAUGCCAGCAAACGAUCUUGGAAACCCAGCAUUCAUGAAGUACUAUAUUGAAGCAUGGAUGCCCGGUAGAGGUUCCUUUGGUGAAAUCAGUAGUACCUCUAAUUGUACUGAUUUUCAAAGUAGGAGAUUAAAUACCAAGUAUAGGGACGUACAUGAUGGUAAGUUGCAUUUUGCAUAUACGUUAAAUGGUACAGCUAUGGCAGUUCCAAGAAUAAUGCUGGCUCUUGUGGAAAAUUUCUAUGAUCCUACAACAGACAAGAUACAUAUUCCAACAUGUCUCAGACCAUAUAUGAAUGAUAUUGAAUCUAUUUAA